GAAAGCACUUUUUAAGCUUGGGGAGAAGCUAGGCCAUAACCAGCACGGCUCUAAAUUGAUCACCUUUGUUAUAAAAUCACUUCUGCCGAACGAUCACUCGACAAGAUUUAUCCGUCUCCGAUUUCAAACUUCGACUAGGAGUUGGGCGUGCACUGCUGGUGUGCCUCUUGAAGCUGGUCGGGAGGAAGAGAGAGAUGCAGAGCUUCAAGGCAACCUCCUUCAUCAGGCGGUGUGUUCAGAGUUGUCGCCUGCCUCCACCCGGAAGCUUCUGUUCUUUCCCCAGCAACUCUAUUGCCGAUGAUACUGACUCCGAAGUUCUUGUUGAAGGCAAUGCUAGUUCCCGAACCGCGAUUCUCAACAGGCCGUCUGUUCUCAAUGCCAUCAACACUUCAAUGGGGGCUAGGUUGCAAAAAUUGUAUAAAUCUUGGGAAGAAAAUCCAGACAUUGGUUUUAUCACAUUGAAGGGCACUGGAAGGGCAUUUUGUGCCGGUGGAGAUAUUGUUGCACUUUAUCGAUUUUUAAAGAGAGGACAGCUAGAAGACUGUAAGGAAUUUUUCAGGACAAUAUAUAGUUUUAUUUACCUUCUAGGUACAUGUUUGAAGCCACAUGUAGCUAUUUUGGACGGCAUUACCAUGGGUGGUGGGGCUGGGGUUUCAAUUCCGGGGACAUUCCGCCUUGCAACCAACAAAACUGUUUUUGCCACACCUGAAACAUUAAUAGGUUUCCAUCCAGAUGCUGGUGCAUCCUUUUACCUGUCACAUCUACCUGGUCACCUUGGGGAGUACUUGGCUCUGGCGGGAGACAAACUCAGUGGAGCAGAAAUGGUUGCUUGUGGGCUAGCUACACAUUAUGCACUCAGUGAAAAGGUUCCUUUAAUUGAAGAACGGUUAGGAAAAUUGGUUACCGAUGAUCCUUCUGUAAUUGAAACUUCUCUAGAACAAUAUGCUGACCUUGUCCUUCCAGAUAAGAUGAGUGCACUUCACAGGAUUGAAACACUUGAUAAAUGUUUUGGCCUUGACACAGUUGAAGAAAUCAUUGAUGCUUUGGAGAUGGAGGCAGGUCGAACAUGUGAUGCUUGGUGCACUUCAGUACUUCAAAAAUUAAAAGAAGCCUCACCAUUGGGCUUGAAGGUUUCCUUGAGAUCUAUACGAGAUGGUAGAUUCCAAACUCUAGAUCAGUGUCUGACUCGUGAGUAUAGAAUGUCCCUUCAAGGGAUGUCUGGACAGGUUUCGAUGGACUUCUGUGAGGGGGUUCGGGCACGAAUGGUGGACAGGGACUUUGCUCCAAAGUGGGACCCUCCUAGCUUGGAACAAGUGUCCAGUGACAUGGUGGAUCAAUAUUUUUCUCCCCUGAGUGUAUCUGAACCUGAACUAGAGCUACCCACGAAACAGCGGGAAGCAUUUUUGUAGUUGGGGAUGAAAAUGUAUAAUGUAUUCUGUGUUCUUGGAGGUCCGAGAAAGGAAAAAUGCAAAUGGAGAGAAAUUUCUUUUUGCUAUGGUGAAAGUGGGUUUUGAGUUUACAAAACAUUUUGCAGAUUUGUAGUCUUCCAAAAAAGUUAUAAUCACGUUGGGUCGAGUUUUUACAUGUUCAGACUCGACUUAUUUAAUAAACAAGCUUUAGCAUG